AUGAUGGAAAUUUACAAAAUUAAAUCAACUGGAAAAGAAGUUUUUACAUUUUCAAGUGUAGUAAUUGAUACUUUUAGUCGUGAUGAAAUUAAAGACAUAAUUAAAGAAUUAGGAUAUGCCAAUACCAAUCAUCAUUAUUUAUCAAGGGAAGAAGCAAUGAUUAGAUUAAAAGAAAUCUUUAGAGCCAAUGUAAAAACCAUUGAUUUUUGUAAAUGUUACUUAUGUUCACCAGAAUUGAAAUUCACAAAUAAUUCAAUUAUAAAUUCAAAUUUAUUAAUACUUCAACAAAAUCAAUUAAACUAUCAUAAUGAAAUACUUGAAAAAUAUCAUCACCAUCAUCAACAACCACCACAACCACAACCACAACAACCAUUUACUAUUAAAUCAUCACAAGAAUCAGUUACAUUCAUUGAAACAUUAAAAUUAAUUUUUUUAAAUUUAAUAAAAAUUCAAGAACAUUCUAUUGAGCUUCAACUUUUUUUACAAAUUCCAAAUUCAAAUGUAAUAUUUAAACCAAAAGAAUCUUUAAAUUAUUUCCAUUCCAAUGAAAUCUAUCAUUAUCUAUUAGAUCAUAAUGAUAUUUUAAAAGUUGGUGAAUCUUUUACAAAUAGUGUAUCACAUGUUACCUAUUUAAUAAAAAAUAGAAAUAAACUAUUUAAAACUGGUUUCCAUAAUUUUAGACGUGGUUAUUAUUCUUUAAAUUUAAAAGUUUUCCUUCAAUCAUUAAACCAAAAUUAUGAUAUUUAUAAUAAUUCAACAGAUUGUAAAGAAAUUUUUUAUGAUUCAAAUGAAGAUUUGUAUAUAAAUAAAAAAGAUGAUGAAAAUUCUGAUUGUGAAAUAAUUGAUGAAGCUGAAAAAGGUAAAAGAAAAAGAUCAAAUGUUCAAAAAUGUGGAAAAUUAACCUUAAGAGGUAGUAGAUGUGGUUUCUCAAUUCCAUGUAGUUAUCAUAAAAAAAAUGAUCAAAUUGAAGAACCUCCUGUCCAAACUAUUUUAAAUAAAAGAAAACAAAAUAAGUUGACACAAUUAGACAACUUAAAUACAAAUCCCAAUAAUAAUAGUAUUAUUUAUGAUAAUAAUAAUAAUAACAAUAAUAACAACAAUAAUAAUUAUAGUCAUGAUAAUAACAAUAGUAAUUAUAAUAAUAAUAAUAAUAAUAAUAAUAAUAAAAAUAAUAACAAUAAUUAUUAUAAUCAAGAUAAUGGAAUAAUUACCAAUAAUAAUAAUAAUAAUAAUAAUAAUAAUAAUAAUAAUAAUAAUAAUAAUAAUUAUAAUAAUAAUAAUAAUAAUACAAUUCUACCAAGUAUAUCAAUUAUAAAGCAACAAGUACAAAAUGAUUAUGUUGAAGAAAUUGAAAGAAGAAAGAAUUUGUUAACACCAACUCAUGAAUCAUUUAAUUACAACACCAAUCAUCAAUUUUAUUGUAAUAAUUAUAAUAAAUUAAACAAUAACAACACCACCACCACUAACAACACCAGUUAUAACUAUGAUAGAAAAAAUGAUACUUUUGAUAGUCUUAAUAAUCUUGCACAUAGAACAUUAAAUAUAUCAUCUUUUUCCAAUACCACAAAUUGA